UAAGAUUAGUUCUAGAAAGAAGAUAAGUAUGGAAAUUCUGGCCAGGAACGGAAAGUUGAGGCCACCAACAUGUGGUGCCGAGUAUUUCUUGAUUCUGUUCUGUAACAGAAAGAAAAUAUCCUGUACACAGUCUUCAGGAGAGGGUAUAAAAGCCUGGAAAUCACUAAGUCCUGCAGAACAAAAGAAGUUUGUUGACAAAUUUGAGAAGUGGCAGGCUGAAAAUAAUAAGAAAAUAACCAGUAUCUUAAAACAUGCUGAACCAUUUUUUAAGAAAAAAACUACAAAAGGAAAAGGAAAUAUUCCAUCCAAUAUGAAUACAACUAAAGAGGAUUGUGAUGUCAGCCUACCAGGACCUACAUUUAACAUCUCCAGUAAUUCACAUAGUUAUAUCCAGUCCAACGCAGAUUUGGAAGUAGUACGGGUGUGUUGGGGAUGGGGUGGGAGGAGGUUACCCGACUGGAGUCAGCGGGAGAAAACGAUUCGAGCCGUAUACCCCAGCAUCCCCAGCAGAGGGUAA